AUGCUGUGCAGAGGUUUUGAUGUAAACAAGAAGAUCAUUGGACAUCGGGGGGCCAACACCAAGCGAAUCUUCGAGAAGACAGGUGCCAAGAUUCGGUUGCGCGGGCGUGGAAGUGGUCACAGUGAAGGAGGCCGCGGAGAGGCUCCAGUUCCCUUGAUGCUGGCAGUCACUUCUGAGAAGCGGAGUGUUGGAAGCUUUAUGCAUGCAUUGGCCAUGUCUGCGCAGCUGCUGCAGAUGGUCACCAGCAAGUUUCCUGACUUUUGGAGAUUGCGUGGCCACGACACGAUUCCUCAGCCUCUCUACUGGAUUGGAGAACUGUCUCAAGAUGCCCUUGGAUUCCUUGAACAGACGUCAGAAUCUCGUUGGCAACAACAGUCUUUUUCCUCGUCUAGAUGAAUCUGUCCAUACUUCAUUUGCUU